AUGCCGGAGAAAUUUGAACCAACACCGCCUCGCAAAUCUUCGGUGUACCGUUAUGAUUGCUCUACGGAAAAGGGUCGUCAUGACACAAAAACACGAGUCAAUCUCAACAAUAACCUGAGUGCCAAGAUCACGAACCCCUUGGCCGGCAUCCCUCGUGAAUAUCUCCUAGAUCAGGUAACUAGGUUUUCCGAGCACCACGGUUUGGCUAAAUACAUCCCGCUCAUGCGCAAGGGUGCACUUGUUGCCCAGAAUCCUGCCGCUUUCGAGGAUAUUUACGGGCCGGAAGCACUUGAUAAGGAAGAAAUAAAUGCGUUAAGAAAUGAGACAGAGCACAAGUGGAGAGUCCCUCGGCUUCUUUAUCUAACAAUCAUCACUUGCUCCAUCGGAGCGGCUGUUCAAGGAUGGGACCAAGAAGGCAGCAACGGGGCCAACUUGUCGUUCCCCGCGCAAUUCGGCAUCGGGGGACAGACCGACCAUGAUAUACUCCUAGUCGGCCUGAUCAACUCGGCUCCUUACAUCGGAUCGGCUCUCAUCGGUUGCUGGCUUUCAGAUCCGCUGAACUGUCACUUUGGCCGGCGAGGAACCAUCUUCAUAUCUGCGAUAUUCUGCUUGCUCACUCCUAUUGCGGGAGCUUUAACCCAGAACUGGCAACAGCUCUUGGUUACUAGAAUACUACUCGGUGUUGGCAUGGGUAUCAAAGCCUCGACUGUACCCAUCUUUGCUGCCGAGAAUAGCCCAGCAUCUAUCCGCGGUGCUCUAGUCAUGUCCUGGCAGCUGUGGACAGCAUUCGGUAUCUUCCUUGGUUGUUCUGCUAAUCUAGCAGUUGGCCAAAUCGGCAGGAUUUCCUGGAGACCGGCUCGUGAUCUUUACGCCAUUAAAGCUCAAGUGGAGAUAGAGGAUGAAGCCAUCGGCGAUUCAACUUAUGUCAAGCGGCUCAUCCAACUUUUCACGAUCCCUCGCGUCAGGAGAGCAACACUGGCGUCUUUCGUAGUCAUGAUAGGCCAACAGCUGUGCGGCAUCAACCUAAUAGCAUUUUAUUCUUCUACCGUCUUCAAAGAAGCAGGAACUUCCGACUUCAGUGCGCUCCUUGCGUCAUGGGGAUUUGGUUUAGUAAACUUCAUCUUCGCGUGGCCAGCUCUCUGGACUAUCGACACAUUCGGUCGUCGUUCGCUGCUCCUGUUCACCUUUCCCAACAUGGCCUGGUCCUUAUUAGCUGCCGGUCUUUGCACGCUGAUCCCCAAGGGCGCCGGGGCUCACGUGGGUCUGGUAGCGCUAUUCGUCUACGUCUUCGCGAUCUUCUAUUCGCCCGGAGAGGGUCCCGUACCCUUUACGUAUAGCGCGGAAGUCUUCCCACUCUCACACCGCGAGGUUGGGAUGUCGUGGGCUGUAGCGACUUGCCUCUUCUGGGCUGCUGUACUGUCAAUCACAUUCCCAAAAAUCCUUGCGGCUACAGGUGUUCUUGGUGCGUUCUGCCUAUACGCAGGAUUCAAUGUCACAGCGUUCGUCAUGAUCUUUCUGUGGAUGCCCGAGACAAAGCAGCGCACGCUCGAGGAACUUGAUUACGUCUUUGCCGUACCUACAAGCGUAUUUAUCAAGUACAACUCCACCAAGGUGGUUCCAUGGUGGUUUAGGCGCUAUAUCCUACAGCGGAGUGGUGCUGUACUCGAGCCUCUCUACCACUUCGAUGACGCUACUUCCAGCCCGUCGAUUAUAAUAGUGGAGGACUAUCUAACGGACACCAGCGAUACGGGGGCCACAGUUGAUUCUAAGGAGUACGUCGGAACGCCGGAAGCGCAAGUUAGUGCUAUAGCCAGCGGUGCCGACGCUAUCACUAUAUUUUCUCGCUCCGAGAGAGAGGCGGCUGCUGUUCGUCGUUAUUCUUGGCACGGUGCUGGUGCCCACAAACACCCCGCCUUUGAAGAUGAGAAGCUCACCUAA